GUAGGGCUCUCGAGAGCUUUUGUAAUAUUUGUUACACCGACCAUCGUGUGCCCCAGUGAUUACGUUACGUGCUAAAAUCGUGCGUUAUGCAAGUGUAUAAGGGGAUCACGGCGUCGCUAGUACUGUUUUGUGCAGUUGCACUUCUGCACUGCACGGGGUGAUAUUAUAGAUCAUGCGCAGAGCUGAGCUUGCAAGUUACGUGUGUACGUAAUAUAAACCCUCGUCGCUCGGCGUUCUGCUCUCGAAAUAAGGGUGUAUUAUAGAGGCGGUCGUAUCAUUUGUACUACGAUAUGUAGGUGGACGUACGCGUACUACAAUUUCUUAGCGUUGCAUAUAGCUUUCCAACCAUAGCAGAUCUAUAUUGCCGUAGAGCUAUAAGCACUUGUCAAGCUUGCGUCUACUGCAGCGGCGUGUGUAUGUACACACCUUAUAAAAAGCUUAGCCGUGAAUUGGUCGAUAGAACAUAUAUACGUUUCGAAGAACUUGAAGUAAUUAUUUGAUUUAGAGCUGAAAAUCUACCGAAGGUGACAUUUGCUAUAGCUCCAAGUGUACGGAGAGCCGAUGCAAUACCUGACUCACAGCACUGUCGUACCUGCUAGCUCGUAUGUACACAAGACAUUUAUUGCCGGUGUCGCGUAGAAUGUAAUAGCGCAAUUGCAAUGUUUUUAGCAUAAAAAAAAGGGAUUACAUUGCACUUGUGCCCUCGUGAUAUCGCAGUUUUAUAGUCCACAGGCACGCGCAUACUACACGAAAGCCGCUGCUCGACGGCACAUUAUAUACUGUGUUGCUUUUCUUAUCUUGAGAGGAGGCGAGCGAAAUAUGCAAGUGCAUGUGUGAGCGAUCACCGAGUGCAAUUACAAAUCCAAAGAUUAUUUGCUAGAAUAUACUCGAUAUGUACCGACACGUAUCCACGUAGGACGCGUAACACGUAUUGCCUAGUCAAGAGUAAGAGAGAGGCCACAAGAUGCUUCAUCGAUAUUUGCUCAGUAUUAUAUACACCGCGACAGGCCGCAACACUCGCGAGUGGCCGUUUUAUUUGAUCUAAGCUAUAAGCUUUGAAAAUUAUUCAGGCAGGAGCGUACACGAAUAGAUUUAUGAAUGUGCGAGAAACCAACGUUGUCGAGGUCAGCUGUUAUUGAAUUAAGAAGUCAUUUUACAUGUGAAUUUUCUCAAAAACACACACCGCAUUUGCAUAAUAAUAGUGAUGAGGCUUGGCAGAGAGUACGUCAAGAUAUCUUGCCAGUGUGUUAUUACUUUUAGUCGAUAAAGGAUGCAAAGGAUAGUAUCCAUUUGAGCAACAGUAUUUUCUUUGUUUAUUGAUCAGCAAUAGAAAACAAACAUGAAGGAAGAAAAUGAAAAGUUCACGGAUGUGCUUACAGAAAGGAGGAAAACUUAUGAUUUCCUUUGGGCAUCAAGAAGCUUGCAGCUUCAACCAGCUUAUAAAAGGUCUGGUGGUUGGAUAUACUCCAGAAAAGAAAUUAUCGACCAUGUUUUGGAGAAUCAAAAUGUAGAACUUGCCCUUAACGUUAUGGCACGUCAAAAGAAUGUUCCAUUGACUGUUGUUCAAAAUGAAGCUCGACUAAUUAUUGAAGAAAUAGCUGGAAAAAUGCAUAUGCCAACAGUCAGAUGGCUAGCUCUUAUACUAUCAAAAAUAUUGAAAAGGAUACUAGUUAGUAUUAGAUUGAACGACGAUAUGCUUAUUCAUGUAAAGAAUGAAAUGCGCAAGAAUGUUUCACAGUUUGUUUUUGUGCCUACCCAUAGAAGUUACAUGGAUUUCAUUUUGUUAUCAUAUUUAUUUUUUACCUACGACAUGACAAUACCCAAUAUUGCUAGUGGAAUGGAUUUUUACCACAUGAAAUAUGUUGGAGAAAUGUUGAGGAAAUUAGGUGCUUUUUAUAUGAGAAGGACUUUUUCCAAUGAUCCAUUUUACAAGCAUAUAUUUAAAGCUUAUAUUAGUACAUUAGUCGCACACAGUGACAGAGCCAUAGAAUUUUUUAUUGAAGGAACAAGGAGUCGUAGUCAAAAGACAUUAACUCCUAAAUAUGGUUUAUUGUCUAUGAUUUUGGAAUCUUUGUAUCUCAGUCAAGUGCCAGAAAUAACAUUUAUUCCUGUCAGCAUUUCAUAUGACAAGCCAUUAGAAGAGCGUUUAUUUGCCUAUGAGCUUUUAGGAGUUCCAAAACCUCCAGAAACUACUUCUGGGCUAUUUCGUUCAUUGUCAAUACUUAAAGAACCUCUUGCUUAUGGAAAUGUAUUUUUCAAAUUUGGAACACCAAUAAGAGCUGGUGAUUACAUUACUCAUCAAGUGAGGUUUGAAAAUGUUUGCAGACCAGAAAAAAAGUUACCACACGAAAUCACUACAAAAUUGGCUUAUGAUAUUAUUGAAUGCCAUAAACAAAAUACCAUCUUAUUGCCAUUUAAUCUUGUUGCAUUGUUAUUCAAUAACAGAGUAUAUACAAAUCCAAAAGAUUUUUAUUCUGUGGAUAAUUUAAUUCUUGAUUAUAAGUGGCUGAAACAAAUUUUAAUAGAAAAAUUUCAAAUUAAUUUUAAUCCUACAGCUGUAAAUGCACCUACACCUGAAAGUAUGAAAGAAGAUAUUGACAAAUAUGAAGUAUUAAAUUCUUUACAAAAUCAUAAAGACUUACUAGGAAUUGAUUCAGAUCAAAAUAUAAAAAUUAAAGAUAGACACAUUGGAGGUAUUCAAUCAAAAAGUAUUAAAGGAUACUCAUUGAAAGAAACAACUUUGAAAUUAGCUAUACCAGUAAUCAAUAUAAUGAUAUACGUCAAUCCUGUUUUUGCAUAUUUAAGUAGACCAGCAAUGGCAGCGUUUUGUAUACUAACAUCUCAAAAAGAUUUAGUAUUGAAAAAUUAUAUAAUGUUGAGAUCUCUUUUGAGUGGAGAAUUUGCUUUGCCCACAAAUUUAAAUGAAUCGGACAUACAAAAAGAAGGAGAGAUGAUGACUGAAUUUUUAUCUCAAGAUAUUUAUAUACAACCUUUUGAUGAAAAUGCUAUUGAUAACAAAAAUCGAUUAAAUUUAAUUUUGAGUAUUUUAAUCUUGCCAUUUGUAGGAUGUUUACAAAAUAUUUGUAAAGUUUUGAUAGAGUGGUGUAAUGUGCAUAACUUAUUACAAAAAACCAUCGUGAUAGAAUGCCAAAAAUUAAUGGAAGAAUCGUUGUAUCAUGCAACUGAAUUAAGUAGACAUCCGUACACUCUUGCUUUGGAUGUUUAUCCAGCUAUAUUAUCUAGUCUUGUUAAGUGUGGACACGUUACCCUUGAUGAAAAUCAGUUUUACAAACCAAACAAAGAAAAUCUAGUAUCAAUUGUUGUUGAGCUAGAUAAUAUGUUAGGACAAUGUUCGAACGGAUCAUAUUUGAAUGCUUUUCCCUCACUCAUUCCAGAGGAGAUUUUAAAUCUCCAGGCUAAACUGUAAUUACCCUAGUUUCAUUCUCUAAGUCAUGUUCAUUUAUUGUAUCUUAUAAAUUGCAAUAAAUUUUUAUUGUUACAUAAA